AUGCUUGCUGCGCCUUGCAAGUUUACGGAACAACCUACUGCUGAGGUCGCGAUGAUGACGCCUCCCGCUGAGGUCUCUGCUGAUCGGAAGAUUGCGCCGAACAGGCGAACUGGGAUCAGAAGAAUCGAAGACUCCGCUAUUCAGCUUCUUGACAACGUGUCGUUUGUCAAAUCAGAGCGUGAAGCUAGGCAACUACUUGAGGAGCGACAGCGUCUUCAUGAUUUACUAGAAGAAUGGUACAAUGGUAUCGAGGCUGAAGAAACAAGAAGUGUCAACGACCUCUUUUUAACCCUACUGCAUUACAUCCUUCGUGUUGUACUACUAGGGACUUUGGACUAUGGGGGAAGAUUGGAAGCUGAGAAUGAAAAGAUUCAAGCCGUAGCGAAUGAGAUUAACGAGCGGCUCAAAGAUUAUGAUAUGCGCAAGGGUAUAGAAAGUGGACGGCAUGAAUAA